UCUAACUCAAAUGAUCUUGAGCGAGAGUGGCAGCAAGCAGACAGAGCGGGAACAACUAGAAAGCCGCAAGUUUUCUUGUUUUUUUCUACCUUUUCAGAAGGGGGCCUGUAAACUGAUACUUGUGUGCCGCGUACCUGACUGAAGAGCAGCAAGGGACAAAAAAGGACAAACAGGAGGAGGAAGGGGGGCACCGACCGAGACGCAGCUGUGAUGGAGAAUUUCAGCUCUAAAGACAUGGCCAUGAAGGCCCAGAAGAAGAUUCUGAGCCACAUGGCCAGCAAGUCCAUGGUGCAGAUGUUCAUUGAUGACACCAGCAGCGAGAUCCUGGAUGAGCUCUACAGAGUUUCCAAGGAGCACACCGGCAAUCGCUCCAAGGCCCAGAAGGUGGUGAAGGACCUCAUUAAGAUCGCCGUCAAGAUCGGCGUGCUCUUCCGCCAUAACCAGUUCAGUGCCGAGGAGAUGGGCUUGGCGCAGCACUUCAAGAAGAAGCUUCACAUGGGUGCCAUGACUGCUAUAAGCUUUCAUGAGGUGGAGUUCUCCUUCGACAAGGCUGUGAUGUCGAACAUCCUGACGGAGGCGCGGGACAUGCUGCUGAAGCUGGUGGAGAAACACCUCACACCCAAGUCCCACGGGCGCAUCCAGAACGUCUUCAACCAUUACGCUGACCAGGACCUGCUCGAGCACUUGUACAACCCCGAGGGCAGCCUAUGGCCCAACCUCACAAAGAUCUGUGCCGGCCUCAACAAGCUGGUGGAGGACGGGAAGCUAUGAUGCCUGGACUUCGGCUGGGAAGGGACCGCUGGGUUGAGACCCAACUGGAACAGUGUGGAUGACCAGCUCAGAUAACACAAAGGAGGCGCUGAGGUCUCGUCCUUCUUGAAACGGACAGCAGGGGGUACAGUGGUUAAGGAGCUGGGUUUGUCACCAAAAGAUGGCGCGCUCGUAUUCUAGGAAUGAAAGUGCUGUUCUGCCUUUGACAAAGGUACCUUGCGAGAAUUUCUGUUCAAAAAUAUCCUAACCUGUCGAGGGAUGGAAAGUGUAAAUGAAAACCAUGUGUGUUGUGUUGGCCUUGAAAGCAAAUAGUACGAUGCAGCUUUGCGAGUGGGGCAAGUUACACCAGUCCAGUGUGCCACGUGCAAACCGUGCCUUGUUACAUUUAUAAGUGAAUGCCGUCAUGUACAUGACUUCAUUCAAAGAAGUAUCAAGACUGUAAGUACUGUAAGCAGACAAAUUGUGACGUUCAGCCAUUUAAAUGACAAAUCCAAGCCCCUUCCACCUUUUUUUAUUACAGUAUCAGCUGUUGACAAUUACAAAAUUUUUAAUUUAUUUUUUAAUGUUUGUGAUGUGUCAACAUUCGACUUUUUUUUCAAGCAGAGAGCUGAAAAGUUACAAUCUAAAUGAAAUCUUACUGAAUGUGUAUUUUUUCAGUGCGCGUCCCCGAGUGCAAAAUAACCUCAUUUUCCUUCAAAGGAGAAUUGAGUUUUCUUGACGACGGAGGCAUAACAAAUACCCGAAAAGGACGUGAUUUUGCAAUAUUAUUUUCUUUGCUCAAAAAUGUGUAUUUGAAGAUACUGCCUCUAAAUCGUGGAGGCAGACAGCGCAGCAGAUUGGAAUAUGAAUUAUUAGGGAAAGGAACGACGCGAAACUGAAGCGCUCCAUCUAGUGGCCGUAUCAAGUAAUGCAAAAUUGCCAGAUUAUCGGGCAAUUCGAACAACCUAGUGUGUGUUUGUAGUUUGAAACACAACACAGGAUAGUUACAGGUGUCACUGGGUCUUCUGACCAUUUAUUUUUUCAAAGUGGGAAAAAUCAGGUGACGACCAAAUCGGAAUUCGCUUCUCAUCGCGUUCAAUUCCCCCUCCCUUUUUAUAUGAUUUUGCAACAAAAUAAUAAAGUAUGCAUCGAUUACAACAAAACCAUCCAGAUGAUUUCUUCUUUGUGAUUUUACCAGUCCCAGACCACUGGUAAAUUAACUGGGAUGUGUCGGAGAAUGACAGCGUCUCUUAAACUGCUUACAUAAAAUUGCUACACAUUUCAAAUAAGCUCAUCUGUGCUGUAACACUUUUUCCACACAGAUAAAAAGUCAGAUGCCACAUUUUCACGGGUGAAUAAUUUGUGUCCUUUAAUGCUUAUUAUACACGUGGCCAAGCUGAACUAAUACUCGUGACAAUGACUUUUAUUGAAUUUUGUUCAAUUACUUUAGUGGAUGUAUAAUAAAAUGUUGUGAUUUUUAUAGAUUCGCCCAGUAGGUGUCACUAUAACCCACAUUGAUUGUCACUCCCAUAGACGCAAAGAAAGUAGGAAGUGAGUCAAUGAGCUCCUUUCCUCUCCUCUCCUCGCCUCUCCUCAGCUGUAAGCUUUGCUCAUUAGUGGCAGCUGGAGGAAAAAGUGUAAUGAGAACCGGCUUCAGAUCCACCAUUGUUGUCGUUCUUCCCGCUGCCUAAGGGUCUGGUUUGAAGUCUUCCACUUCAGAGCUCUUCCUGUUAGCCAGUCUGCAGCAUCUGCUCGCUCCGGCACUUUCUUAACAAGGUCUUCGAGUGUCAUCUCACUCGUGCCCCUGCUGGAUCCUCCGGGGCGCACGUGAUGAAAUCCGCUUCCUGCUCGGCCCAAGUGGGCGGAGAGAAGCGGUUUCACUUCAAUAAAUCGAGGGACUGAUUUCUUUGCAGCUCCGAAAAAACAGCAGGUGGUUAAAUGCAGCAUUUCUGCAAGGUCUUAGGCAACAGAAUGGUUAAGGGAAGGCUGGUGAUUUCAGGUUCCUAGUAGAGAUAAGACUGUUUCUUGUUCUGCCCGAAGUUAGAUUAAUGCUGAGGUCUAGCGGCCUGCUUCCCCACCCUCCAACUGUCUACAACCGUAUAUCACAUUAUAGCUCAACUGCUGUGUCCCGGACCCUUUUCAAACCGACCCCCACCCAGCCAGCAGGUGCGAUGCAUGCGCUCCUACAGUGAAAUUAGAGCGGAGUCAAGCGCCAAAUCUCGCACAGCACCAGUAACAACCACCGGUUCCCACUUCAGCGACUCGAACGUGACUUUUAGCAGGAGAGCAACAACUCCGAAAUGAACGACACCCCUAGAGCAGGACGCGUCCGCAAGCGGCAGUGACGUGACGCUCCUCUUCGGGCUGAGAAAUUCCCAAGAGGUUAGCAGCUGUUCGCAUGUGCAAGAAAUACAUCUGACUUCUCCAUCGUGGGUGCCCCCCAUACACCGUAAAAAGAAAUGCAUUUGAAGCACUCCGUAACUCGACACAGGUUUUUUAGUGCUAACGGGCGGCUCCCAGCACAAUGCAGCGAACACAGAGACACCCUGCGGUACGGAUCAACCCACCGCCACAGACACUGAACACAAGAACAACAAUCUCAGCUGCCUUUGCCUUUACUAAGUCAGCCAUGCCAUCUUAAAUAUACUGUAGUGUACUGUAGUACAUUGCGCUGCAGCGUUAUCAUCCGCUAGUUCGUGUUUCCACGGUUUACCUCUUUCAUAUUUGCUUUAAAGAAAAUGAUAACUUUACCUAAGUGUUACCAGCUGGUUAUUUACUUCAGAAGAGUGCUAGAAGGUCACCGUAAGGCAUGCUUUGGGAAGUAAACGUAGAACCUUUUCGAUAUGAAACCAACAGUCUUUCCUGUGGUUGUUCCACAGAUGCGUGCGAUUCGUGCAGAAAUGUUUACGGAAGUUCACAAACCAGAUGUGAUUACAAACUGCUGGGUGGGCGAGCAAAAUGUCUGGGAGUCCAAUAAGCGGAUGGCAGAUGAGAUAGAGUCUGAUCUGGGCUGGAUGUGACCAAAGGUCUUUGACCGCAAGGCGCGCUGACUGGGAGCUUCUCCAUUUGUGCUGCAGGUGAUCAGUGUGAUAGGCAACGGGAGCAGCUGGCCGUGUCCAGACCGAUGCUGCCGUGUCUCGCUGGGUGUCCACUUCCAUCUGCCAUCACUGCUGGCUCACGCAGAGUGCCAAAAUAUACAAGGAGCAACAAACUCGUUCUGUUCAGGAGUGCCUCUAGGGCGCUGCAAGUUCUCUCUUUUUUUCAUUUUACAGCAUAAAUACCACAUAGAAAUGUUAUCAGCAGAAAGAGAAACAAAAACUGCCAUCUA